AACCACAAUUACAAUAAACUUCAAAAAAACAUCUCUAAGAAAAUAAAAGGCAGAGGAAACAGAGUGAUAAAAGUUAACCUAAUCUCCUUGACAACAUAACCGGAAAUGUUAGAUGCUGAGGCAAGAGCAGCUUUCUACGACGAGAUCUCUUCAGGCGUAACACCGGGAAAAGUCAAUUCCGGCAACUUGAACGGCACAGCGAAACUCUUCUUCUGCUUCUCGACGUCGGAUUUGUCAACUUUGUAGAAGAUCGGUACAACAAGCUGCUGGUUUCUGUUUCUGCAAUCGAGGAUCUUCACUAGCUCACGGAGGCACCACGCGGAGUUAGCGUAAUUCGCGGAGAAGACGAUGAUCGCGAUCUUGGAUCUCUCGAUUCGAUCGAAAAGCGCGGUGAGAUUGUCUCCUCGACGGAGCCUGUCGUCGAUGAAGGAGUCGAUUCCUCUUAAGCGAAGCGCUUUUUGGAGAUGGCCGGUGAAGUUGCUGCGCGUGUCGAAGCCUCUGAAACUAAGAAACACAUCGAACUCUGCCGAAGAGGAAGAAGAAGGAGGAGAUGAUGGUUCCAUUGGAGAACAAAAAGCUCUGAUGCAAUAUUUCCAGUUCAAGUCAACGUUUUUUUUUUUGAUAAAUUUGGGGAUCGAUGUCGGAGAAGGAAGAGUCUACCGGAGCGGCCGACGCAGCUAGUGAUUAUUAUCCGAGAGUUGGAAGUUCCGGUGAAGGGAAUAAUAGUAGUUCGAGUAGUGAUGUUGACGCGAGAUUCAAGCGGAAGAUCUCCACCGGUUUGAUGGUUUCCCAAUCGCCGUCGGUGUCCACCGUAUCAUCCCCUUGUAUUGGAAGGCUAACAACAGGUGCUUUAGCCUAUCUUGAAUCUGUCAAGGAUACGUUUCAAGACGAUAAAGAGAGAUAUGACACUUUCCUUGAAGUCAUGAAGGACUAUGAUGAUCAGAGCCGAGAUGACACCAAUGGCAUCAUAGCAAGAGUAAAAGAUUUGUUCAAGGACCAUGACGACUUGCUUUUGGGGUUUAAUAUCUUCUUGCCUAGGUGGUACCAAAUAACUCUUCCGCCCAAGGAUGAGACUCCUGUUGAGUUUCUUGACAAGUUCGAGGGAACAUAUGGAAUGACAUAUCAGCAAGUUGUAGCUCAAGCAGUUCAAGGAAUUCAAGCCCAUGUCAAUAUGCAACCUCAAAGCGAGUAUCCUCCUUCCUCAGCGUUUCAAUCAUUUCCAUCCGGUCAACCUCAGAUCCUUACCCCAGCUCCAGAUUCUUCAGUACUAGCUCACAGUAGUACCUCAGGUAUAACUAGCAUCGAGCCUCUAAAUCGAGUUGAUGAUGGCUAUUACUGGCGGAAGUAUGGGCAAAAGAGUGCUAAAGGCGAAAUGUUUCCUCGAAGCUAUUACAAGUGCACACAUCCAGGAUGCCUUGUCAAGAAGAAGGUUGAGAGAUCUGUUGAUGGUCAAGUAACAGAAAUCCUCUACAAAGGUGUUCACAAUCACGAACCUCCUAAGCAUGCAAAAAAAGGUAGCACCACAACUCUAAGUGGGGGUUCGAUACAUAACAAUCGCAGGAGUUCUGGAUUGGCAGCAUCACAGUUCAGCUCCAACAAGCAACAGGAAGCAGCAAGUGACAGUAAAGAAGUCAAUAGUGGAGAUACUGCUGAAGAUGAGCCUGAAACCAAGAGAAGAAUUAAACAAGUUGAGGAUUGCGAACCAGCUGCUGCUACUUCACAUAGAACCGUGAUAGAGCCUGUAUUUACUGUCCGAACGUUGAGUGAAGUUGAUCUUAUAGAUGAUGGAUUUAGGUGGCGCAAAUAUGGACAGAAAGUUGUCAAAGGGAGCCCUUAUCCGAGGAGUUAUUUCAAGUGCACGAAAGUGGGAUGUGGAAUGAGGAAACAUGUAGAGAGAGCAGCAACAGAUCCAAAAGUUGUAGUGACAACAUAUGAAGGAAAACAUAACCAUGACCUUCCAGCAGCUAAAUCAAGAAGCCAUGGUAGUGUCAUCGCAGAGAAUAGUGCGAACUUUGUAAGUUUUCCACCAACGUCCUCGAAGAAUCUGCAAGACGCUGACUUAAGCGUUGGCUUCCCAAGGUCUCAGAGCUUGUUUGUAGAUGAAGCAUUAACUGAUACAAGUGAUUUCUUUGGGCCUCCAAGCACUUCUGUUACAUUUUCCGCCUCUAAACACUAUGAUGUCGUAAUCAGAUACGGAAGAGGAGAUAUAAGCAACGAUGAUUUCAUUAGCCAUCUUCGUGCUUCCCUCUGCCGGAGAGGGAUUUCUGUCUAUGAAGAACUUAAUGAAGGGGAUGCAAUUCCACAAUGUUGGGUUUUGAUCAUACUAUUAACAAGCACAUAUGUCCCUUCGAACCUCUUACACAUUCUUGAACGCCAACAUACAGAUAAUCUAAUGAUAUAUCCGAUCUUUUACAGACUAUCACCAAAUGAUUUUGUCUGUAACAGCAAGAAUUAUGACAUAUUUUUUUUUCAAGACGAGCCAAAAAGGUGGCAGGCUGCGUUGAAGGAAAUAACUCAGAUGCCUGGCUACACAUUGACAGAUAAGUCUGAAUCUAAUCUUAUAGAUGAGAUUGUAAGAGAUACUUUAAAGGUGUUAUGUUAUGGUGAUAAGGUGAACAUGGUUGGGAGGGAUAUGCAGGUAGAGGAGAUUUUGUCACUUAUGUGCAUUGAGUCUCUAGAUGUUCGCAGCAUAGGUAUAUGGGGUGCGGUUGGUAUAGGAAAAACAACCAUUGCUGAAGAGAUCUUUCGUAGAAUCUCUGUCCAAUAUGAGACUUGUGUCUUCCUUAAGGACCUUCACAAACAAGUUGAAGUAAAAGGUCACGAUGCUGUGAGAGAGGAUUUUUUGUCUAAAGUUUUAGAGAUUGAACCUCAUAUUAUUCGAAUAUCCGACAUUAAAACAAGUUUCUUGAGGAAUCGGCUUCAGCGUAAAAGGGUCUUUGUUAUUCUCGAUGAUGUGAAUGAUUACAAAGAUGUUGAAACCUUUCUUGGGAAGCUUAACUAUUUUGGUCCAGGAAGCAGACUUAUUAUGACCUCCAGAAAUAGACGUGUUUUCGUACUAUGUAAAAUCGAUCAUGUCUAUGAGGUCAAGCCAUUAGAUAUUCCUAACUCUCUACUACUUCUCAAUCAUGAGAUAUCUCAGUUUGUUUUGUUACCUGAGGUUUACAAGACAAUGUCACUUGAGCUGGUCAAAUUUUCGAAUGGAAAUCCGCAGGUUCUUCAGUUCUUGAGCAGUAUUGAUGUAGAAUGGAAUAGAUAUUCACAAGAAGUUCAGAAUAUAUCUCCCAUUCACAUUCCAGGUAUAUAUGAAAGAAGCUGUUGUGGGCUUGAUGACAACGAAAUGAGUAUAUUUUUGGACAUUGCAUGUUUCUUUAAUAGGAUGGAUAAAGACAAUGUCGCAAUGUUGUUGGAUGGCUGUGGUUUCUCCGCACAUGUCGGAUUUAAAGGCCUUGUUGACAAAUCACUGUUAACAAUAUCACAACAUAACUUGGUGGACAUGCUCGGUUUUAUCCAGGCAACUGGUCGAGAAAUUGUUCGCCAAGAAUCAGCUGACAGGCCAGGAGACCGCAGCAGGUUGUGGAAUGUGGAAGAUAUCAGGGAUGUAUUCAUAAAUGACACUGGCACAUCAGCUAUUGAGGGCAUUUUCCUAGACAUGUUGAAUCUUACAUUUGAUGCAACUCCCAAUGUGUUCGAGAAGAUGUGUAACCUUCGACUGUUGAAAUUGUAUUGCUCCAAAGUGGAAGAGAAGCAUGGAGUAUAUUUUCCUCAAGGUCUUGAAUAUUUGCCAAGCAAGCUAAGGCUUCUCCAUUGGGAACAUUAUCCUUUAAGCUCCUUGCCGAAGAGUUUUAAUCCAGAGAACCUUGUAGAGCUUAACUUGUCAAGUAGUUGUACAAAGAAACUUUGGAAAGGAAAAAAGAGUCUGGAAAAGCUUAAAAGAAUGACACUUAGCUACUCCUACGAGUUAACUAAAAUCCCAAGACUUUCAAGUGCGCCAAAUCUUGAGCUACUUGAUCUUGAAGGCUGCAACAGCUUGUUGAGCAUUAGCCAGUCCAUCUCUUAUCUCACGAAGCUUGUUUUUCUAAAUCUUAAAGACUGCUAGAAGCUGGAGAGUGUUCCAUCUAUGCUUCGUUUAGAAUCUCUCAAGGUUCUUAAUCUUUCUGGCUGCAUAAAGCUAGAGAAUUUCCCGGAGAUUUCACCAAAUGUGAGAGAACUGUACAUGGGUGGAACUAUGAUAAAAGAAAUUCCGUCAUCCAUUAAGAACCUGGUAUUGCUUGAAAAACUGGACCUGGAAAACAGCAGACAUCUAAAGAAACUUCCAACAAGCAUCUGCAAAUUAAAGCAUCUUGAAACUCUAAAUCUGUCAGGCUGCACAAGCCUGGAGCGGUUUCCAGACUUGUCGAGAAGGAUGAAAUGCUUAAGGUUUUUGGAUGUAAGCAGGACAGCCAUUAAAGAGCUACCCUCCUCCAUAUCAUAUCUGACUGCUCUUGAAGAGCUGAGAUUCUUAGACUCCAGGAACCUCUUAAAAUUCCCAAUUGUUACCAAUCCCAAUGCCAGUUUUACAGAGUUGAUGCCUCCCGAGUCGAAUAAGAUGGAUAAUUUAGGUACUCCGGCAGAUGAGGAAGUAGUUGUUGGUGGUCCGAGAGAGAAUAGGCGUGGCAUUAAGGGGGUUAGACCACCAGUACUUAAUCCCCCUAUAGCAAUGAAACGACCUCCCAUUCUUCGAGGAUCAUCUUGGGAUUUCCUUACGCAUUUCGCUCCAAGUGAUGAAGAGAAAGCCAUGGAAGAGAAAGUGGAAGCGGAAGAAACGGAAGCUAUGUUUAUCCAGUUGAGGGAUACAGAGGGAUGCUCAUUCACUACAAACAAGGGUGACUCCUCAAUGACAGUAUCCAACACGUCGUCUGUUUACGCCUCCGAAGGAUCUAUCAUCACCUCUUGGCAGAAAGGUCAACUUCUGGGACAAGGAUCAUUGGGCUCCGUGUAUGAAGGCAUUUCAGGAGAUGGGGACAUCUUUGCUGUCAAGGAAGUUUCGCUAUCGCUACUUGAUCAGGGAAGUCGGACACAAGAAUGCAUUCAACAACUCGAGGGGGGGAUUGCACUACUUAGUCAGCUUCAGCAUCAGAAUAUAGUGCGAUAUCGUGGCACAGCUAAGGACGAGUCGAAUUUUUACAUCUUUCUUGAACUAGUAACCCAAGGAUCCUUUCAAAAACUCUACCAAAGAUACCAGCUUAAAGACUCUGUAGUUUCCUUGUACACAAGACAGAUUCUUGAUGGUUUGAAAUAUCUCCACGAUAGAGGUGUUAUACACAGGGACAUCAAAUGUGCAAAUGUAUUGGUGGACGCUAAUGGAGCAGUUAAACUUGCAGAUUUUGGAUUGGCUAAGGUAAUCGACAUUAAGUCCCACAGGGGAACUCCAUUGUGGAUGGCUCCAGAGGUUCUUAACCCGACGCAUAGUGAUGGCUACGGAAGUCCAGCUGAUAUAUGGAGCCUCGGGUGCACUGUGCUUGAAAUGUUGACUGGUCAGGUUCCCUAUUCCGAUUAUGAACCUGUUUAUGCCGCGUAUAAGAUUGCAACGGGUACGCUUCCAGAAAUACCUGAUACUCUAUCGUUAGACGCUCGACAUUUCAUACUCAAGUGUCUCAAAGUGAAACCGGAAGAGCGGCCAACUGCAGCUGAGCUGUUGAACCAUCCAUAUGUGAGAAGGCCCUUACCAUCCUCGAGCUCUGGAUCGGGCUUGGGAUAAGCAUCUCCGGUUCUCCGUCGAUGAGGCUAAUUUUUGCAGGUUGCCGUCUAUAGGUGAACCUUUUGUUUUUGUUUUCAUGAGUAUAUUAGAGUCAAAAACUGUAUAUUCUAACAUUGAUGUCCUAAUAGUAUGAGGAGGUGUUUGUUACAAAGCAAGACUCGAUUCCCCUUUCUCAUUACAUUGUGUCAUCAAUAUAUACAAGAGUGUAUGAAUGACGUGCA